GUGGAUGGCGUUUUCGAGAGAGAAAAUGUUGACCCUUGUGCUGCACGUGUAACAGUGGUUCGGAUUGAAUGGCCACCAGCAAUUUCAUGAGCAGGAGAAAGUUACAAGUUCUUCAACGUUGAUAUUCGGCCGUUACAAGUCCUCCACUGGCUUUGUUGACGGCGGUAACAAUGGUCCUCCAAGCCAUCCAGUAUGAGCCGGCGUCUGGCUCGUCGCCUCCUGCACUCCGCGUCCUCGAUCAACUUCUUUUGCCGCACCGGACGACCUACGUCGAUGUCCUCGAUUGCGAAGAAGCCCAUGCGGCGAUUAAACAGAUGAAGGUGCGAGGAGCUCCCGCUAUCGCCAUCGUGGCCGCUCUCGCCUUGGCUGUGGAGAUUGGAACCAAAGUCGCAGCGAGAAAACUGCCCAGUCGUGCAGACGAUGUAAAGGAGACGAUAGGACAACGAUUAGACUACUUGAAGACGAGCAGGCCGACGGCCGUCAACCUCGGCGAUGCGGUGAGCAAGUUGAAGAUCGUGUCGAAAAAGGCCGUUAUACAAUCUGGUGCGAGUGCGGAAUCCGUAGCGCAGGCAUACAUCGUGGCUGCUGAGCGGAUGCUGGUGGACGAUGUGUCUGACAACAAGGCUAUUGGCGGAUAUGGCGCUAGAUGGAUUGAAGAGAACACAGUGGCUGGGAAGAAGCGUAAGCAAGACCAAAGCCAACAGCUGAAAGUCCUGACACACUGCAAUACUGGGUCUCUGGCGACCGCAGGCUAUGGGACCGCCCUGGGGGUCAUCAGGUCUUUGAGAGCCGGUGAUAUGCUCACGCAGGCUUACUGCACGGAGACGAGGCCUUACAAUCAAGGAUCUCGCCUGACAGCUUACGAACUUGUGCACGACCAGAUACCGGCGACACUGAUCACAGACUCAAUGGCCUGCGCCUUGUUGGCUAGGGAAGGGAAGAAUCUUGCAGCUAUUGUUGUCGGAGCUGACCGAGUUGCGGCAAAUGGUGACACGGCCAACAAGAUUGGAACAUACUCUCUUGCUGUACUUGCUCGCCACCAUGGAGUCAAAUUCCUUGUUGCUGCUCCGAGGACCACCAUCGACCUUGCCACCGCCUCGGGUCAGGAUAUUGAGAUAGAGCAAAGAGCACCAGAAGAAGUCACCAGGAUCAAAGGGCCCAAAGUGGCGGCUGACGGACAAGUCCUCGUUGAUGAGGGCGCAGAGCUUAUCAGCACCGCCGCGAUUGGCAUCGAUGUGUGGAAUCCUGCUUUUGAUGUUACUCCCGCCGAGCUCAUCGAUGGAGUGGUGACGGAGCGGGGCGUGGUCGAGAAGACUGAUGGGAAAUUCGACUUUACAGGGGUUUUCCAGCAGUCCUAGUCCGGUGUCGAAGUCUCUCUCGGUCCUGAACGGGAAUGGAAAUCUUGCUUCAAAAGUGGUUUUUUUAGCAGACUGCCCAUUUGAGGCAUUCGCGCACGGGCGUUUUAUUGAAGUCCACCCCAGCGGAACCGCUGGAAGGAAGUGGCACCAACCCGGGAGGCGUCCACGUGGCUCAUUGUUGAAAGGCGAAUGGAUUGAUUAUUUGGAUUGGGAGGGCGUUGAAUUUUGACCAUGGUCUU